UGUUCAACUUAUAGUGCGUAAUUAUGUUUAAUAUGCAAUAUUUAAUUUCGUGUCUGCUUCAUCAAAGUGCAAAAUGCCUCAUCGUAUUUAUUUAUCCUAAGAAAUGCGACCAGCUGGUUGCCAAGGUCAAUUUAUAGAUAUGAAUCUACUAUAAAAAAGUGGAAAUUAUCCUCCACUUCCAGUUUUACUUUUCAUCUAGCUUAAAUUAUCAUGCUGCCAUCCAUCUUCUUGGUGAUUGGCGUUCUUGCGCAGCAGACGUUCGCUGAAGAACCCGAAGCGAUCGUCGGUGGCCAGACCGCCACACCAGGUGAAUUCCCGCAUCAAGUUUCCCUGAAAUAUAACGGCAAUCACGUUUGUGGUGGCUCCAUCAUCGCUCCGAAUAAGAUUCUGACUGCUGCACAUUGCGUAACAUUUACAGAACCACCCUACAGAAACUUUAAAGUUGCCACUGGGUCUAUCUCAGUCACUGCAGGAGAACUUCAUAAUGUGGAGAAAAUUAUCGUGCAUCCGCAAUACUCUGAUAGAUACGAAGAUGCUUGGAAAAAUGACAUCGCUGUGAUUAAGCUCGCAUCGCCGAUUCAAUAUAAUCAAUUCCAAAAACCGAUCCCCCUCGCCAAGUCUAAACCUUUUCUCGGACAGAUAUGUACUUUAUCAGGAUGGGGUAGGAUAUACACGAACGGACCGCUCUCGAGCAUACUUCAAAAGAUGGUUCAAAUUGUGAUCUCACAGAGCCAAUGUCAGAAACAGCACUCUGAUAUGCUCUUGACCGGCACUCACUUAUGCAUGCUCAAUCGUUUGGGAAUUGGCGCUUGCCAGGGUGACAGUGGUGGCCCGCUCAUCUGUGAUGGCGUACAGGUUGGUAUUGCCUCCUGGGUUGCUCCUUGCGCUAGGGGUUAUCCUGAUGUCUACACUGAUGUCUACUAUCAUCGCACCUUUAUUUACAACGUAUUUUAUUACACUGUCGUAGACAUUUUCAGUGAAGAAGCAGAAUGUGAGGUUCAAGGUGCUCCUGCAAAUCAUUCGGGGAAAGAAAUUGAAUUGAAUUUAAUUUACGGUAGAAAAUUGUGUUCCCCGAUACUUGGUUACAAUUAUCAACUUCCUAAUUUACCAACAAAUUGCAUACCACCUACAACCUUAGAUACAUCUCUGUUGCAUAUUCCUAUUUAUGCUCAUUUAAAGAUAUAUGAUCUGAAGCCUGUACGCCUACCAGAGCCACCAUCGAUAUUAUCAUCAUUGCAAUUGCAAUUUUCGGAAGGUACCAUACUUAGUAAAUCUCCGAGAGAAAUAUUGACAGCACGAUUAAGCGAGGAAGACGCUUUGUGCAGCGCUCAAAAAUAAAAAAUUAAUAUAAAAAUUAAUGAAGUAUAAAAAUUACGAAUGCUAAACAAAGAAUAGAAAUGUAAGCUUAAGUAUCAGUAUAAGCGAAAAAUAUAUUCCGAUAUAAAGAA